AUGUCGUCGAGCACGAUCCGGAAGGCCCUGGGCGCGGUGAAGGACCAGACCAGCAUCGGCCUCGCCAAGGUCACCAGCAACAUCGCGCCCGAGCUGGACGUGCUCAUCGUCAAGGCCACCAGCCACGACGACGAGCCGGCCGAGGAGCGCCACAUCCGCGAGAUCCUCCACCUUACGUCCGGAUCCCGCGCCCACGUCGCUGCUGCCGUGGCGGGGUGCUCCCGGAGGCUCUCCCGCACCCGCGACUAUGUGGUCGCGCUCAAGUCGCUCAUGCUUGUGCAUCGCCUCCUGGCCGACGGCGACCCGUCCUUCCACCGCGAGCUCCUCCACGCCACGCCGCGGGGCACCCGCCUGCUCAACCUCUCCGAUUUCCGGGACGAGGCGCACUCUGGAUCCUGGGAUCACUCUGCCUUUGUGCGCACCUACGUGCUCUACCUUGACCAGCGCCUCGAGUUCUUCCUCCAUGAACGCAAGCAGGGGUCAAAUGCUGGCAGUAGCAGCAGCAAUAAUGGUCCAUCACCACGGGACCGUGACCGCUGGGGUUCACCUGAUCCCUAUGGCCGCCGCUCCCCCUCCUACUCGUCACCCCCUGGGUAUGGCGGAUAUGAUGAUUACCGCGAGAGGAAUGGCGGGAACAAUGAUGACAAGAGGCCGCCGACUCCAGUGAGGGAUAUGAAGCCAGAGCGGGUCUUUGCUCGUAUGCACCACCUACAGCAGCUGCUUGACAGGUUCCUUGCUUGCCGCCCCACUGGUGGCGCAAAGCACAGCAGGAUGGUGCUGGUUGCGCUGUAUCAGAUUGUGAGAGAGAGCUUCCAGCUCUACGCUGAUAUCUGCGAGGUGCUGGCGGUGCUGCUGGACAGGUUCUUUGACAUGGAGUAUGCUGAGUGCGUGAAGGCUUUUGAGGCAUAUGCUAGUGCUGCAAAGCAGAUUGAUGAGCUCUGUGCAUUCUAUUCAUGGUGUAAAGAUACCGGAGUUGCAAGGUCAUCUGAGUACCCAGAGGUGCAGCGUGUCACUGAUAAGUUGCUGGAGACGCUGGAAGAAUUUAUGAGGGACCGGGCAAAGAGGCCCAAGAGCCCACCACGGGAGCCUGAACCUGAGCCUGUCAAGGAAGAGCCUGAGCCAGAUAUGAACAGCAUCAAGGCGCUUCCAGCACCAGAAGAUUAUAAGGAGCCUGAACCUGUGAAGGUGGAGGAAGAGGUGAAGCCAGAGCCACCCCCGCAGCCACAGUGUGACUUGGUGGAUCUCAGAGAAGAUACUGUUAGUGCCGAUGAGCAAGGUAAUAGGCUUGCUCUAGCUCUCUUCCAGGGGCCACCCGCUGCUGGUGGAAGCAAUGGUUCAUGGGAGGCUUUCCCUUCAAAUGGUGGCAACGAGGUGACUUCGGCAUGGCAGAAUCCUGCAGCUGAACCUGGGAAGGCUGAUUGGGAGCUUGCCCUUGUAGAGACAGCAAGCAACUUGUCCAAGCAGAAGCCAGCAAUGUCAGGUGGUAUGGACCCGCUGCUGCUGAAUGGUAUGUAUGACCAGGGUGUUGUGCGCCAGCAUGUCAGUUCACAGGUGAGCACCGGGAGUGCCAGCAGCGUCGCCCUGCCUGCUCCUGGACAGAAGACUCAGAUGCUUGCUCUGCCUGCACCGGAUGGUUCAAUGCAGGCUGUUGGUGGUGACCCCUUUGCAGCCUCCCUUGCCGUCCCACCACCGUCCUAUGUGGAGAUGGCAGAUUUGGAGAAGAAGCAACAGCUCUUGACGCAGGAGCAAAUUAUGUGGCAGCGGUACCAGAGGGACGGCAUGCAAGGGCAAUCGAGCCUGAACAGGCUGGACCAGGCUUACAACAACGGUUUCGCCCCCAACCCGGCCAUGCCCUAUGGGAUGCCCACCGCAUACAACACGAACCCCAUGCCGAUGGCUUACACAGGGAACACUGGGUAUUACUACCCUACUUACUGA